GAAGAAAGAAGAAGAAGAAGUUCCACCAUGUGAUUUUGCGAGAUUCUGGUGUGUGUGGAAUAUUUCGGUGCGAAAAGGUGCCAAAAUAUGCAAUUAUAGAGGAAAAUCUGGUGCAUAACAAUAGAUUGGGCUAGUGUGCACGGAGAUCUUGUGGAAAAAGUGGCGGAAAAGUGUGUGGAAGUGGUGGAAAAGUGCUUCAAAGAGACACGUUUUCAACUUUCAUUUUCAUCAGACGUGUGUGUUUGCAAUUCGGGAGAGAUUUGUGGAGGACUGGGAGCCGGAAGAGAUGCAGGAGGAUCAGAUAAUCGAGGUGGAAGUGGUGUCAAUUGACCCAGACUUCGAUUUUGGCUCUCCUGGGCGUGAUGAGGAGGAUCCGAGUGUGGAGGUGAUGAGCAUCCUGGCGCAGGUUAACGAAUCCAUCCAGGAGGAGAAUGCUCGGAUAGAGCAGAGUCUCGUGGAGAGUGCAAAUUCACCGGUGAAGCGUCUGCACAAGAAGUCCUUUUCUCUUCCUGCCUCGCCAACAUUUGACGUUCCCGAGGACAUGAACCUGAGCAUAAGUCUGGAUGACAUCAAUGUGGAUGAAGAUGCAGACACGUCGCUCAACGACAAAGCGGAUGACUUCAAUCUGCUCGAGUGGAUACAGGCGGACGAGAAGAAGAGGACGGGGAGUGCGAAGAGGGUGAAGCAGAGCAGAGGCAAGGAUCUCAAUCUCGUGCGGGCGGAGAUGGAGAAGCAGUCGAAGAGGGAGGCGAAGAGGACAGUGCGAAAAGCUGUAACGCGACAGAAGAAGCGGCCGGAGACUGACAGUGAGGAUAUUGUUGAUGUGGUGACUGUAUCGCCGAUUGCCAAGCAUCGCGUGCAGAGUGAUCCUACAUGGUGUCCCACGAGGAAUGUGGCUAAAGCCACUCCGAAGCCUGCUGUAGAGAAGACAAAGCCGAAUCGAGGGAAGAAUGACUUAAGUUCCAUGAAGAUGAAGUUCCUGGCUGCCAAUCCAAUUCCGGUGGGCUUCAAGAAGCGCAAGGAGGCACACCACCCCAUCCGCAGGCAGAAGGAGACGGUGGAUCACGACUACUGUUCACCGCGAAGGCGUCAAGUGCCCGCGGUGCCGAAGAUGAAGAAGGAGGAGAAGUGCCAUCGCAAUGUGUUGGACAUUUUGAAGGAGAAGGGCUCGCAGGGAGCUGUUGAUCGCUCCUGGCGCAUGGGGAACGGUGAUGUGAUGACAUUUGUGGAUAAAGAGGAGGUUGUCGUGACGGAAAAUACUCCAAAGAGUGGACAGAGUCUGCUGAAGCCACUCAACGAGAGGAUAGAGAAGCCUGCGCCAAAGCAGGAGGUGAUAAAGACGCAGGUGAAUCCACUGAGACAUGUGAGGAAGGAGCAUGAGGCGAAGCCCAGUGCUCCCUAUCGAGAUCCCAUUCUUGUGGCUAAGGAGAAGGCGCUCCGGAUACGAGAACGAAAGCGAGCCGCUGCUCUCAAGAUUCUGGACGAGGAGGUGAAGGUGAAAUCGGCGUCUCUCAUGCCAAUCUUGCCACUGGCAGAGAUGACGGGAAUAAGGCUGAUGGAGGAUGAUGGGAAGUCUCCUCGGACAGAGACUGAAGCGCCCAAAGCCACUCACUUGUCUAGUGAAUACGAAGAGAUUGUGAUUGUGUCGAUGGGAUGCAACACUGAGAUUAGUAUUCCGCCGGAAACUGAGUCUGCAUCGGGUCUUCUGCAGCAAUCCUCUCUCUUUUCCAAUAUCACCGAGACCAUAAUCAAGAGCACGCCGAUCUCAAGUAAUUCCCUCCUGUUCAGCAUUCAGGACAUGAUGAUGAAGAAGAACAAUCCUGGGAAUGCGUCGGGCAUCACUUCGCCCAGGUGUGCUGUGUCACCGCCGGAUGGGGCAUCUCCGGACAAGCCCGAGGGCGCCAAUGAUGCUGCCAGAUCUGCAGGGGUGCCAGUGAAGGAGCAUGGAGAGGAUAAAGUGAUAAUGCACCUUCGGAAAGAUCGUAUCAGGCCGACAACAGCCACGAUAUCCGUUCAGACUGUGCGGCAUAUGGAGUUUUCUCCCAUUGGCGGGCGGAAACGCUCCUUAUCGACGGAGUCCUCAUCGUCAUCCUCAACUACCUCGUCAUCAUCAUCAUCAUCGUCAUCGUCGUCCGAGAGUUCGGACAGGUCAUCCUUCAGCUACAAGAGGCGAAGUUAUCGUUCGAGAUCGCGGUCGCACCGACGGAGACGCUCCUACAGGAGUUCUUCCGGCAGUAGAUCGCGGUCACGCUCGUGGGAUCGCAGGUCGCGAUCUCACGAGAGGAGAUCCCGAUCACGUGAUCGUCGGAUGCCACAGCGCUCGCGUAACAUGCGGAAAACCUCACCAGGUGACGUGAAAGAUGACAAGGGUUGGAUAUAUUGGUGUGAAAUAACUGGUGGAAUGGGUUGUUUUUCAGAAGAGAGACGCAUCGUGUAUGUGGGAAAACUCGAGCAGGAUCUCACGAAGGAUGAUCUGAAGAGGAAAUUCCUGACUUUUGGUCCCAUUACGAAAAUCACGCUUCACUACAAGGAAGUUACGAGAAUGCGUUAUGGCUUUGUGACUUUCGAGAGGGCCAGGGAUGCCUAUGAGGCUAUCGACAGCGGCUCCAAGAAUCCCGAAUUGAACCACUAUGACAUUAGUUUUGGCGGCCGCAGAGCUUUCUGUCGAGCGUCAUAUUCGGACUUGGACAAUGUGGCUCCUAUUGGGUUCUACGGAAGCAGAGACUUCUACGGAUUCUCAAUGGAUGUCGAUGCGCCGAGUCUGCAACCGGCGCGCCCAAUAAGCUAUGCCAAUGAGAGCUUCGAUAGCCUCUUGCAGUCCUUCAAGAGGAAAGUAAAUCCUUGACUAUUGUACAGCUGGCUCUGGCCAAAUCUCUUGCUAGCUUCCUUUUCAUGCUCAUGGGAGAUUUGCUGUUGAAGUCUCCGGCGUAGCUUUGUUACCAUUAAUAUGCAAUAGUUGUAUACCUCCCCAUAUUUAUCAUUGAAAUCCUAUUCAAGGUGUCAUUUAAGGAAAACCUUGGAUUAGACUUUGAGAUACUUACUAUACCUUCUACAUAAAAAGUGGACACUCAUAAGAAAUGAUUUAUUCAAGAUUUUUGCAGUGAGAUGAGCAGAGAAUCUUGCAAGAUAUGAUUUGUAUUACUGUGAUUGAUGUAGAAAUCUUAAGUAGGCCUUGUGCGCUUAAAAUUGCUAAUCGGAGACAAAAGUAAAGAAUAAAGAUUGUCUUGCACAGAAAA